AUGGGAAAUCCCAGUCUCCAGUUGGGCACAAUAGUUAAGUCGGGUGGAGCAGUACGCGCUAAACAUCGGGUGUGCAUUUACGAUCUAAGAACCAUCCCGGAGGUUCUGUUUGGGGGGAAAUUGGCGAGCCCAUGUAACUACCUCUAUAAGAGAGUUACCGGUCAAAAGGUAGAUGAGCUGGUUGGUGAGCCAGUCAGCGAGACCUGCUGUCGGUCCCUCAUUACCACUGGUGUCUGGACACAUCAGCAGUUCCCCAUGAGCGAUAUCAGUGCAACUGCCGCUGCUGAUGUUGAUGACCGCGUACGCAUCCUCCCGUUCCUGGAGCGCUUAUCGAGAGCGGCUGCGUUCGAGGCUCAAAUGAUGCCCUGCGUGAUGGAGGUCACCUUGAUGUAUAUGAAGGGAAAGAGAAACAAGUCCCAGCCGUACACCCAAACCCGUCCACUCGGAUUGGGGAUGUCCAUAGCUCCCCACGUCGCAACAGCAGCAGAGCGGGACCAGGUGCUCGGCCAUUCACGGGCCGACAUCUUCGAACGCUACUACAUCUCGCAGAAGGUGAAGCGGGAUGUUGAGUCUGCAUAUCUUGGGUGUCCGGCUCGCGAAUCGGGUCAUCCGUGCUGUGGGAAUGAUGAGCUUGACAGGGGACCGAAGGGUGGGUUCCUUACAAACAGAAGGCUUCACUUGGCGACCUCAAAAGAUGCGGAGACAUGUGAACGAUUGCCACGGAUGCUUGUUUUCCAUGUCCUCCUGAUCCAGUCUGUUCAGAGAAUAUGUGGGACAUCGCCCAAUUCAAAGAUCAUGUCGCUUCGAUACACGGGAUCAAUCUUUGAGCUGUAUCGAACUGCCUCAGCCGUAUCUGGCUUGCUGGUCAAGCCGAACUUCAUUCUACAUUUCUCCUUUCAUCACGACAUCCCCAGCCAAGCUGUCCGGCAAGGUCAGCUGCUGCAUGUAUAUUCGCCUGGAAUAGGGUCUGGUCAUGGCGAACAAGGGCUCAAUUUUUGGACGGGUGCAAGUAGACCGGCAUUGCGUCGAGAAUAA